AUGCAGAAAACGAAGUACGCAACUGAGCAAGCGGUCUGUCAAACCACCCUCUACGUGGAAUCAACGAAGUUAGAACUGGAUGAGGAUGGACUUAAGAUUAUACAAAGGCAAAAACGGUUUGCUUGUCAAAAUCCACUUGAAAUCCGGUACUUGCACGUGCUUUGGGCUCAGGCAACUGCAGAGCAAUUGACGAUUCACUACGCGGCGGAGCGGCACAAAACGCUACACGCGGCGAAGAAAGUAUUUCAGCUACUUGACCAGGGCACUUCUCCUCGAAUCCAGGCCUGGAUUCAGUUGCUCAGGGACCGUGCCUACGGUGAUUCAAAGGCACGAAAGAAUGUGAAGGUUUAUUUGAACCCGUUCUCAGGCAAAGGUUCUGCUGUGAAAUUGUACUAUCGAUAUGCAAAACCUCUUUUCGACGCAGCCCAGUGCCAUAUAGACUUGCAUGAAACUUGUCAUUCUGGCCAUGCUAGUCAGCUGGUCAGAGAAGACCGCGAAAUUGAUGCAUGCGACGCCAUAGUGUGUUGCUCGGGCGAUGGUCUACCAUACGAAGUCAUCAACGGCAUCGCGCUGAGAGAUGACGCUGGUCACAUUUUGAGAAACAUUCCUGUUGUUCAGCUCCCUGGAGGUUCAGGGAACGCAAUGUGCGUCAACAUGUUCAAGACAACCAGCUUCUCCCAUGCCGCGCUCUACACCAUUAAGGGUAUUCGGCAACCAAUAGAUCUCAUGUCAGUCACUCAAGGAGACAAACGAUAUAUUUCGUUUCUGUCACAGAGCGUCGGACUAUUAGCAGAAUGCGAUCUUGAUACCGAGAACAUGCGGUUCCUGGGCGGCAAAAGAUUUGCGGUCGGCUUCCUCCAACGCCUUUUCAACCCUCCCGUGUACGGGUGUGAACUCGCAGUCUACGAUACCACUGGCCAGUCAGAUUCUUACGCUGAUCGUCCUGGCUGUCAGACCAAUGAACAAAGCCGAAGUUUACCCCACUUACAGUUUGGGUCCGUCAAUGACAUCCUCCCGGACAGCUGGAAGCGCGAGCAACACCCAACAUUGGGUAUUUUUUUUGCAGGUCAAUUCCCAUUCGUGGAUGCCAAAUCUAAGGUAUUUCCUGACGCACGGCCUGAUAAUGGACUGGUGGAUAUUAUAAUGGUGGAUUCCGGAAUUGGAGCUUGGAAACUUGUGCAAUUAUUUGAGAGAGUACCGGAAGGCAAUCACUUGGCAAUGCGCGAAGUUCAUCACCGGAAAGUCUCAGCCUACCGGGUCAUUCCCGUUAGGACUCGUGGUGCCUUUAGUAUAGAUGGAGAGAGAUCUUCCUUCCAACCGUUUCAAGUUGAGGUUCAUCCGCAGCUGGGUAUGACACUGGUCCCACCGGUUGGAGUCGAAGAGCAUAGAUUAGGACAUAAUUAG